UUUUCUAGCACUCUGAGUUCAAAUCCGCGCGCCAAUGUGGAGCUGUCUAGAAACUACUAUUGAAGACCAAUAUAAAGCAAAUGGGACUCUCGCUGCUGCACCCAAAGAAGCCAAACGCUGGUCACGGCAUUCUUCAGAUUGAACGGAUUGUGAGGACUUCGUCUUCUGUUCUACUUCGUGAAGGACCAAGGUCCAAAAGAUACUCAUCAAGCUCAGAAAUUAGAAGUCUCCAGGAGAAACCCUUGGAUUUAGGUGUGAAACUGAAUAAUCACAAGGUCAGGACAUACUGGGUCUUGCGCCCAAAUGUUACAAUCCUCGUGCCAACAAAGCAAUAAAGGAAAACAAAAAGUGGUCGAUGACAAUAAUAAGUCCCACAGAACUGGGCCCAAUGGCAUGCCACCGACUCAGACGGGUCUAUUUAUACGCGAGCCGACAUGUGUGACGCAUUUGAGUUACUCGUCUUCUUCGGAUGAUGAAGUGACAAACCAAUCAGCUGUGAUUUUUCCUACUAAUAAUGGUAUGCUGACAUCAAUUGAGUACUUGGAGCGAGGAGAAAGUUCCAAAGGGCAAAAGCGUGCAUGUGAAGCACUAAGAUAUGCUAGUCGUACCCCUGAACAAAUCCAAGCAAGGCGAGAACGUGUGAGAGCACGUCGGCAAAAUUUAACACCAAAUGAGAAGGAAAGGAUUAAUGCACACAGAAGAAAGAAAAGACAACACAUAACACUUGAUGAGAGGAAUGCAAGCCAGCGAGCACGUAGGCAAAGUUUGACGCUAGAUGAGAGGCAAGAAAGAAAUGCACGCCAGCGAGCACGUAGGAAAAGCCUACCACCCGAAGAGCGGCAAGCACUCCUAGCUCAGCGUAAAGCAAGCUACGCAGCUAAACGAGAUACCCUCUAUAAGGAUUCUGUCGCAAUGCAGUACCCUAAAGGUUCGUUGGUGGGACAUCUAUCAUCAAGCUCUUAUGUCUUUAGCUGCCCAAGUACGCUGGCGCAAACUUCUGCUACGGUUCAAGGUAAUCUUGAAAGCAUACCUGAAGCGGUGGAAGAGGAUCACAUAGUUUUCACUAACACAGGUAAUCUUGAAAGCAUACCUGAAGCGGUGGAAGAGGAUCACAGAGUUUUCACUAACACAGGUUCCCCAACAGAAAGCUUUGUUGCGGACGAUAAUCAGUUUGAAGAAGAAGAUGAUGAGUACUUCAUAUUUGCUGGCAGAGGCGAUGAUGAAGACUGUGAUGACAUGAUGGAUGCAUUUACAGCAGUUCCUGAUCCAUAUGAUCGUGUCUACGAGAAUAUACCUGUGAGAAGAUGGAUGAAGCCAGAGCUCGAGGGCCAACAUUGUUAGCAUAGAUGGUUUUGAGCAAACGACUAAAAGAAGGUCCUGGGGAUCCAAACAAUGUAGUUUUGUGUGUUUGUCAGUUCCUAACAUCUUGAGCAACCUUGCAGAAAGGAGCUCUUUGAGGACUGUUGUGACAUAGAUCCAGCAAGCUGGUGAUGGUGGUGCAGGAAGUGUAUGUGCGUCGGUAUGGCUGGAACCCCAUGGUCAUGAGACUAGCGAUGUAGUCGUCGUCGUCCUUUUUGUGCUCUCCUGUGUUGGUCUAUUUUGGGAUUCUGUGUACAAUAUCUUUUUUUUCCUGUAUGAGAGUUAACUGCAGUUUGUCAGGUUACUGGUUGACGAUGCUCUUGUUCAUGUUACCAAGGAUGAUGUAGGGAGUAGUUGUUUACGCGUGUUGGGUUUGGGUGGCUAAUGCUCAGCCCGUAUGGUGUGUGUAUGUGCGUGUGUGUAUUGGGUUUGGGUGGCUAAUGCCCAGCCCGUAUGGUGUGUGUAAUACUGAAAAAUUCUAUAUUGUUUGCAUUUACUAUUCA